AUGGCGCUGGACUCACCUUCUGCUAUCACAGCGUUGCAGACAGCAAUUGCUCGUCUUGAAUGGUUGUCGACUGUACUAGCUACAAGAAACGCCGCUGCAGCCGAGCCAGACAGGAAGAGCACCAGCCUGCUGAUCGCAUGGCCACUCUCGCUGACUGAGGACUAUGUGUCGAUGCUCCGUCAAGACCAGCCGCAUGCGCUCGUGAUUCUGGCAUAUUAUUGUGCGCUGCUGGACGAACGAAGAAAAUCAUGGAUGCUAGGUGAGGCUCCACGUUUCUUGGUCUACGCAAUAUCAGGACAUCUGGGUGACACGUGGGCAGGUCUGGUCGAGCCGGUCCUGCAGCUUAUUGCGAGGUAG